AUGGCGAAAUACGCACCGUUGAGCACUUCUGAAAAUCCCUCUUCGCCUCCAACUCUCGCUCAGGAGAGACGAGAUACAAAGUUCAAUUACAUAAUUUUGUUUCUGUUUCUCACCAUUGGAAUAACUGUUUUGUCCACCAUACCUUCGAUCAUAUAUUUGGCUGAUAAUGAAUCGUGGUGGGAGUCGACAGGAUCCACCCAUCAAACAUCAUCACUAAUGGAACAAACUAAUACCCAUUUGAUAGAAUUUUCAAAGACCACAUCACAUCCCGAACCUCUUCCCACACAUAUCGGCAAACCCCCAAAAGAAAUGACCAAGCCAAAAAUCGUCGGUUACUUCACCGCGUGGUCAAUUUACGCCAGAGGUUACAAUGUUUACGAUAUUGACGCUUCCAAGCUUACCCAUAUUAAUUACGCCUUCUUCAAUUUGUCGCCCGACGGUAAAGUCGUUUCCGGCGAUCCAUGGGCGGAUACGGACAAACAUUUUGAUGGGGACUCUUGGAAUGAUGAAGGCACCAACUUGUACGGGAACCUGAAACAAUUGGCCCUAUUGAAGGAAAGGUACAGCCAUCUUAAGGUCCUCAUCUCAAUUGGUGGUUACACGUGGUCGACGAAUUUCGGUCCGGUCACCGCAAACCCUGUGACCAGGAAGACCAUGGUUGACUCUCUUCUGAAGUUGCUUAAGGAUUUUUACAUCGAUGGCAUCGAUAUUGACUGGGAGUACCCCAAGAAUUCGAGAGAAGGUGAAAACUACGUACAAUUGGUCCGAGAACUUCGAAAUGCGCUGGACGAUUACGCCGCAGAAAUAGGUGAAACCACGCCAUUCCUCAUAACCGCUGCAUUACCGUGUGGACCCGAUAAUUACAAUAAAAUUCCACUACGAGAACUUGCCCGUUAUCUUGAUUUUCUCAAUCUCAUGGCUUAUGACUUUGCCGGAUCUUGGUUACCGGUCACCGGUCAUCAAUCAAACUUGUACGGCAAAGAUAUAUCCGUUGAUAGAGCGGUCGGUGAUUAUUUGGCCGCCGGACCUUUGAAAACACAAAUGGGUUUGGCUCCCCGUACAACGGAAUCGGUCCCGGCUCUUUUGAGGCCGGUGUUUACGAUUACAAGCAUUUGCCCCUGGGAGGGUGCGGUCGAAUACUUUGACGAGAAUUACGUCGCGGGCUAUAGUUAUAGCCCCGAUUCCAUGGAAUUUGUCACUUACGAUACGCCACCCGUGAUUGCAAAAAAGGUUGGAUAUAUUAAAGAGAAGAGGUUGAACGGUGUAAUGUUUUGGGAUCUUUCCAGUGACGUGCCAACCGAUGAUCCCCGAUCUUUGCUUUCUGCUGCGUAUAAUUCUUUUGGUGGGUCGCAAUACUUGGAUAAUAGCUCCAACCACCGGAAUUAUCCAUCGAGUGUCUAUGACAAUGUGAGACAUCGAUUUGGUAGUUGA